AUGUUCAUGCCCUUCGUCCCACCCCCACCCGCCAAGGUCGUCGUGGCUCCCACUCCCAACUUUGCCACCUCCAACCGCUUUAUGCCUUUCGUCCCACCCACUAAGCAUGUCAUCGUGGCUCCCACUUUCAAAUUUGCCACCUCCAACCUCUUUAAGCCUUUCGUCCCACCCACCCAGCAGGUCGCCGUGGCUGUCCCACCCACUCGCGUCAUCGUGGCUCCCACUAUCGCCACCUCCCACGGCUUCAUGCCCUUCGUCCCACCCACCCGGAGCGUGAUUCUGGCCACCCGACGUCCUGCCGCUGUCGACACCAACGGCAUGUUGACGGGAAGCCAGCUUGCCGCACGGCAACAGGUGUUGUUCGACAAGGUCGAUUCAUGGUGCUCGGCCGUGACUGCUGCUCAUGCCAGCGAGUCUGUUCCCUACCAACCUCCUACCCCUCGCACCACCCCGGUCAAGCCGACCUACGUGCACCCUGCUGACGUCUUUCCCGCGGAGGCUCCGCACUUCUCACUCAAGAACGAACCGGUGCCCUCUGCCAUGCCUUCUGUGGGCGUCUCUCAGCCCGAGUUUCCUGCUGUCAUGAAUGAAGGUCUUUCUGAGAGCGACAGGCGGGACUUUGACGAGUUGGUGAUGGAGUUUAAGGAUUUCGGUGAUGAUAUCGUCUCCGCUCCAUCCGAGGCUCCCUGCAGCAGCGCUCUCGCUGCUCUCCUCCCAACUCCAGACACUACACCAGUCAAUCCUACAGUCGAAAUGUCUGCUAACAGCGACUCUGCCGACACUGCCUCUAUCAGCUACUCCUACGCCGACUUCUUGGGGCCCCAACCCGCCAUUUGGUUCGAUGCGCCUGAGAACCAGGUCGAGGACAAGAACCUUGGCUGGGGCAUGUGUAGUACGGUGAUGGGCAUGGGCAUGGACGAUAUGGGAUUGGCGGGACCCAUCGAGUCCCCCUUCAACAUCACACCCUUCGGCAAGUCUUUUAACCCGCUCAUUAAUGAGUCGUUUUGA